UCUUGUAAAUAUGGUUUUUUCAUGGAAGAUGUCAAGAAACUGAGUUUUUUUAUGGAAUUUUCAGUUAAAAAUGUAGUAAUUUAUGUUAGUUUGCGGACAUGUUGUUUGGUAUUCUACAUAGGUUAGGUUUAUAUAAAGAAAUACGUGGAAAUAACUUAACAGUUGAGAAAAAAUCAACUGAAUCGGUGGCAACCAUGUAAACUGUUCGUGCAAUCUGGGACAGGUUGCACAAUUGAACCAAAUUAUUUUUAGUCCCAAAUACUGUGUUAGGUGAUUUUAAGAAAAAAUCAACUUAAGAUAUUUAUCAGCCUCAAGAUGUCAGAUUCUCAAAGCAUGCGGUUGCCAGAGUUGACGAAGGAGGACUUUAAAAACAUGGCCAAACAGAGGGAGAAAGCCAAGAGAGAUCAAAAUGCCAAACAGGCCAAAACCAGUGCAACCUUCGGCGAACCAACUAUGCCCUCAAGUGUCAGCUUUCCUGCACCUGUGAAGGUUGCGAGUGAGGAUGCUGACACAGGCCGGAUUAUGGGUGUUCUAGGGCGGUUUGAGGAUUUCUCAAAUAUAAUGAAACAAUGCAGAUAUACUGAUGUCGUUGGUGUAGAAAGACAACCAGCUACACCACGUCCAGGAAAAAGUGUAGAUAGACAAUUUUUCAAAUCGAGUUCGGCCAGUACAAAUUCGAACUACCAGUCAAGCAGUUCAAGACCAAACAAACCUAGUGCUCAUGGUCAUAAUAGUGCUACUAAUUCUAAAAGUGAUGUUAAAUAUAAUAAACCAGUCCAUACCUUAUCAAGUGCUGAUGGGAAAGCCAAAAAUGUUUCAAGUAGUUAUGGUUCAAAAACUGAAAGCAGUUCCAAUAGAACUUCAAGUAGUGACAGAUCUAGUCUACAGAACGCCAACAGUUUGCGAAAACCUGAUCAAAAACCAGAAUCUUCCAUUGCAAAUGACCACAAGCUAGUGACUUCAGACCAGUCUAAAUCAGACCGGCAUCAGAAUCUGAGCCAGUCUGCAAAGAAAGAUUUAGUGUCACAGUCUGUUAAACAUCCACCAAUCAGAAAUAGAGAACCAGUACUGCAGUCUAUCAACAAUGAGUUGAUUGGUCAAUCUAAACCAGAAAUACACCAAUCAGGUACAAGUAACCAAAAAUCUAGUACCAGUAAAGUAGUGGCCAAAAAUUCUGAGAAUAAAGAUGGGAAACAGCCAUCUGAUUCUAGAACUGUACUGAAAGAGAAAGAAGAAAAUAGAAAUGGGGAUGUUGUGAAUGGUGCAAAGUUGAAAAACAGACCGAAGUUACAUAUCCCAGAAAACGUUGAAGAAAUGCUGAAGGAGUUUCAGGUCCCACAGCCCCUAACUGGCAUCCAGACUCCAUUUAAGGAAUCCCAGUUUCCAUUCUCGGACAAAAUACAGGACAGAAGAGACUUGAAUGUAGUUGCCAAGAGUAGUAAAGAUCUGAUGAAGAGUUUGCCGGACGUUGGUGCAAGUUCAGAUGAACCAGUUAAAACGACCGUUCCAGUAGAGAAUCAUGAUACAUCCAGUAGCAGCAGUGACAGCAGUAGUAGUGAAAGUGAAGAUGAUGACAGUAGCUGUGCUGAUGAACAGGAUGAUGGUGGUUUUGAUUUAGAUGGGAUAAUUGAAAGAGGACAGCAUGAAGAGAAAAGCAGUGAGCCCUUAAAACCAAGUGUGACUACCAGCCAGAGUACUGGUGAGAAAAGAGAACACAAAAGUAGAACAUUCAUAGCUGAAAAGGUGCCACCUUUGGGCACAGACACAACUGCCAAGACAUCAGAGGAUACCGAGAGCCAGGGAAUGGGGCAAUCGUGUUCGAGCAGUGAAAGUUCCAGUAGCGGCUCAGAGAGUGAGAGUGAUAAUGGCUCGGACAGCGAGUCGGAUAAAGAUGUCUCGGACGAUGAGCCCCAUCAGAGGACCCCACAGGGAACCCCAAACAAUGCAGAUAAUUUGGGCACUUCACCCUCGCCUGCGUCCAAAAAAUGGAAUCUUGGUGCAUUUCUGCAGCAGCCUCAAAAGUUGAUAAAUAUGGCAUCAAAGCCACCGUCCUGUGAAGCACCGGCCUCGAAUAAAUCUGAUCCAGAUCAUUUUGAAGAGGAUACCAUGAAGAGAGGUUCUGACCUGAUAUCAGAUGAAAAUCCGCCGUCUGUUGAUCAGGACGUUUUGUCCAAACCUAUGUCAGCUGAUGAGUUCUCGCCGCCUGCUCCUAUAGAACCUAAGCAGAUCCUGUCUCCUAUCAAAUCUCCACUAGCCCCGCCCAUAAAAUCGCCAUUACCAGCAGUCAUAUCGCCAUUGCAGUAUCAUACUCCUAAAGCAGCUGAGAAAGUUUUAACGCCAUCAAAAUAUGCUAAUGAUUUGUCAAAUCACACUAAAACUGUUGAACGUGUUAAACAUAAAGACUGCAAUAAUUUGCCUUCUAAACCGGGUAUGGAUGUUACUAACAGUAAAGGUCGGCGACCUCGGAAAAAGAAACUAAAUAUAGUGUCUGUUGAAAGAAUAGAUUCUUCAGAUUCUGAGUCGGAAAGUGAAAUAGAUGUUGUGAACAGGUCUUCUGAUAGUGCUUUAAGUUCGCCACAAAAACCUCUUCCAACAAACUUAAAAUUAAGUCAAAAAUAUACGCCGUUAGAUAAUUCAUUGUGUUCAGUAAAACGGAAAGAAAGUAAAAGAGAUAAACUACUCAAAGAAAAAGAUUCUGUGAAAUUAAAACGGGAAAUUGCAUCAUCAAAUUUCCCUAGUAAAGACUGUGAUAAAAAGAAAGUAACAUCGCGAGUGUGCGCUCGUAGUUUCACAGAUCCCAUAGAUGAUAUGCUCCACUCUUUCCCAGAUGAGAAGCCCUUGUCACCUAUUCGGAGUGUUACUAAUAUGCACAAAAUUAAUUCUAUGGAAGAGGAUUUAAUACGGGCAGGUCUCGCCGUGUCUACAAAAAACCCAAUUCCAGUGGAUGGAAAUUUAUCAUGUGUGAAAGGAAAACCGUCAGUGUUAGUAAAAAUAGAUCUUAAUUUGUUAGACAGUGUCCUUUGUGUUGAUAGGCAUAGCCCCAAUUUCCUUAAGCCGAAGGAGCAUUUAAGUGGUAAGCACCAUAAAAAGCUGACAAGUGCCAAAUACUCUUCUCCUAGUGAUAUCAGAUCCAAGAAAGUGCACAUUGACACUUCGAAGGAUAAAAUAUCUAAAUCGACUGCCUCAAAAUUAAGUGCAAAUAGUAUACCAGAUAUUGAUUUAAGUGAUAAAAAAUAUGUGCCAGAAAAGGAAAGUAUAUCAAACCUAAACGUGACUAAAAAGCAAAUUCCUAAAAGCCAUGAAAGUCAGGAUGUUCCUGAUUUUGAUGCUCUACCGGUCCGAGAGCCGGUAAAAAGUGACAACUUAUCGGAUAAUGUCAGUGAUUCGGAUAGUGACGCAAGUGGUAGUGAGAUUGAAGACUCAAAGCAUGCCGAGUCCGUUCACGAUUCAUUAUCUACAUCAAAUCAUUCGUCUUUCAGUCAGUCUCCUUUGGAGAAAAAGAAACGCAAACUUAAUACUACAAGAGAUGAUGACUCUAAGAGACGGAAAACUUUGUCUAAGUCACCUGCAAAUACACCGGCUUCAGAUAUAGUGAAAGAAGUGCAACCAGUUGAAAUCAGCGUGAAACGGGAGCGACAUGGCAGUGCCUCUAGUCAGCAUAGUACACUCAGCAAUGUUAGUCAACGUAGUUCUCAUAGCCAGAGAAGCUCACAGGGCCAUCGGAGUCAGAAACGUGCUCGAACUCUAGAGGAUGUCGGUCAAGGUCUGAGACCUGCAUCUGGUGCUAUAUCCAGGCCACAUGAUAGGUCAAAGUCUACAGCAGUUGUGACACCGGUUGUUAAAUAUGAAACAUUAGAUACCUCUUCCCAGAAUGGUUUUGUUGUUCAUAAUCCACCAUUUUAUAGAAGUAUGCUGUCCGAUAAAGAGGAGGAGCAAAGAUUGUUAUCUGCAGAUGAUUAUCACAGGAAGGCAAAAAAGUACAAAUACCAAGCUGAUGAUAUGGACCCUGGCCUGACAAAGUAUGUACUGUACUUGGAGUCUGUCCUGUGCUUCAUUCAGUGUGGCUACGCCAUGGAGAAAGAUCACAUGAUCACAGAGGCCUCAAACAUGUACAAAGACACCUACAAAUUUGUCUCACAUCAGUUACACCAAUUCCGGAUGUAUCAUGACUCGGAGGCAUCAGAUAAAGCCCACAAACUCACAGUAUUAUGUUUGCGUAUACAGUCACUGGUCUAUCUGAAGCUGUACAUGCUGAAGAAAAACGAAACAGUGAAGUUAAAACGUAUUUUAGAGGAUCACAAUAAUAAGAGUGUAAAAUCUAGUUCUCAACCGAAAGCACCGUCCGCCCCGUCUCCACACCAGCCAAGCUGGAAUCGGUCAACCGGAACUCCGUCACCUAUGUCACCCACACCGUCUCCUGCCAACAGCGUCUGCUCAGUAGGAUCUGUUGGUAGCGAUGUAACUCCUUCCAAGAUAUCCAAUGGUAGUAGUGGUCAGGGUCAGAUAGCGCCACCUGGCUCCGUGAUCGUUCCCCAGCGGAUACAUUCCAUCACACAGAAGUAUUUCUCAAACACGUGCUACCUGAUACAGGCGCACGAACUGUGGGAUCAGGCCGCCAGUAAUAUUACAAGUGAUAACAGAGAAUUCUUUGCUCAACUUGAUCUGGAUUGUGGACCAUUGACGUUACAUAGCAGUCUACUGCAUCUAGUACGCUACGUGAAACAAGCCAUUAGUCAGUUGAACUUGUAGUGUUCACCAAAUAUCUACAGUCCGGUCACCAGUGUCCAGUCCAGUCAUUAAGCAUUCUACAGCUCAGUUUAGUUAUACAACACAAAGUACAAUGUAACAGGCAUUUUACCUCUUAAACAUGGAGACUAGUCAACAGGAAGUCAUCAACCAGUCUUAUAUAGAGUGAAAUAUUGACCCAGUCUGCUGUUCAGUUAUCUACCCAUUUACCAUUUGGUCGUCAAUCAGUCUGUAGCGGUUUUUUGACCCAGUAAACUCUUCAGUCAUGAACCAGCCUACUGUUUGGUUCAACACCCAGUCUUCUGUGAAAUAAAGACCCAGUCUACUAUUUUGAUCAACAACCAGUUCAUUUGUGUUGUCAUCAAGUCUGCAGUGUUGAAGUCUUUAAGCAGUCUAGUCAAGUGACAGACUAUAGAUUGGUUAUUUUGUAGUAAGAAUUGUUAAACAGUAGAACUUACUUUAGUCUGCUUUGAGUCAAAAACAAAUAUAGAGUCUGGUCCAAGGCUUGGCUGUUAGGUAAAGUCUGUUAUGAGUUUGGUUGUGAAUACUAAAUCUUUCAAGUUACCUUCAAUGUAAAAAAAAAACAGAUUGCAGUUUCUUUGUUUUUUAAGCAACAUUCGAAUCUAAGUAUGAGUCAGUCUAUUUUAUCUGUCUAGUGUGUCUGGUAGGAACAAAUCAGUUGUGGGAUUAUGUGACCUUUUUGCACUGUGACAGACAGUUCUACUAAAUAUUGCAUAGACUUAAGUUAGGUAAUCAUUCAUUUGAAAAUUGUACACCAGUCUGGUUGUAUGAGAGUAUACCAGUCUACUGCUAUCAAAUUUACUAUAGAUGUUAAUAUUUCCAGUGCCGCAUUUUAUAGAUGUCUACUGCCAAAAUGAUAAAAUGAUUCUGAUGUUGAUACAGAAAAUUGUGUUUGAACCCUUUGACAAAAAUACUGUACUUUAAGAAAUUAUGAGAAAGAGAAGUUUAUAGUUUACAGUUAUAAGCAUAUACUGUGAUUAGAGUUUCAGAUAUUUUUAGACGGCCUUUGUUUGUUUCUAUGUUACAGUGUGGCUGUUCACACAAAAUUACCAAAAAUGAACCUUUGGCCAUUUUCAAAUGUAUUUUAUAUGAAAAAAAAACUGUAAUGUGGAAAAGGUACAUGAACAUGUUGUCUUUUUUUUUUUUUUUUCAAAAUUUUAAAUCAAAAGUUAGUUAAGACAGUGUUAUCUAUUGUUCUUGUUAUUAAGUGUUUUUUUCAGGAGCUUAAGAAACUGGUAUUUUUAUAAUAUUCAGGGUUAUUGUUCAGGACUCAGUUAUUAUUACAAUAAUUUUGAUGAUUCAUUUGAAUUGCGUUAAAUUGCUGUAAAAUCUUACGUAUUAAUUCUAUUCUGGAAAAGUUGAUUUUCUUCCGUUUAGAUCCAUGGAAAGGUUUUUAUUACUGUGUAUUUUUAGACUAUAAACUGAUUGUUGCCAGAAUAGCUAAUAAUUACACAGCUGUUUAGCUGUGUGAUGUCAGCGUUGCAUUAGUUUUCUGAUUGCUCUUGUUGUACGUCAGAAGUAAAAGUUUUUCAGUUGCAAUUAAAUCUUCAUAGGAAUUAUUCUUUUUAGAGUGGGAAAUGACCUUGGAAAAUAUCAGAGAGAUUAUUACAACUUUAAAAGUCAUUACGUAUUACUGUUCCUUGUUGGUAGGUCAGGGUUUUUUUCCCCCAGGAUGAGACCUAAUAAUGAAUAUAAGUAAUGCAUAUACUCUACAUUUUAUGCAACUAGCCAUGUCUUCCCUGCUACAGAUAAGGCCAGAAGAACAUUUAAAUGAAAAGCAAGUCUUGCUUCGGUGAUGUUUAUAUAAAAUUUCUCAAUUUUUUUUUAAAAUUUGGAGCAUAAAUUUUUGUCACAUGCAUCUACAAAACACAUAUCAAAAUCAUAAUAAUUACUUCUCACAUAUUCAUUCUGAUUAUAUUUCGUGUUAUCCUUGCUAAAAGUGGAGGGAUACAGUGUUGGCAUUGUCUACCAGCCUGUCCAUCCACCUUGCCACAGCCUCUCUGGGCAAGUGGUUAAGGUUGCUGACUUUGAAUCACGUGUCCCCUCAUUGAUACGUGUUUGAAACCUGGCUUGGGGUGUUGGAAGCCAUCCAGCUGGCUUACAGAAUGUCGGUGGUUCUACCUAGUGGGGGGCCUGCCUGUGCCUAGAAAUGUUUGCCAUAUGACCUAUAUUGUACUGGUGUGUCUCUGAAUUUAACUAAAGCAAAACAAAGCAAUUUUUGACCUUUUGCAGUCAGGUUUGUCACAUUGAACUGAUACUUGGUGGGAACGCUUGUACAUACAACUGCUUCCCUGUAAAUGUUGUUGAAAUCAAGUCUUUUGUUAUCAGUAUUAUUGCCAAAUAAUUUGGUUGAUAAAUUCAUUUUGGCAGAUAUCUGUGGCAUAGUAUCUUUAAUGUAUAUUAUUUGUUAAAUUUUUUCAUUAAUUCUUCUAAAUCCCGUUAACACCAGAGUUGUUUCCCUUGAAUUAAUUACAGGCUUCAAGUGCCAAAUAUAGUGGCCUUACCAUGCUGUACACGCUUGAUUCUGUCUUUGCGACUGCACUGUUCACCAUUCAGUCGGUAUCUUUUUGGUAAGCACCCCUUUUAAAAGUUAAUGGUACUGUCCAAAUUGAAAGAUGGACAAGUUCAUUAUAGAAAUAUAGCAGGGUAAGGGUUAUAUACUAGCAAAUACAUCACAGCAGAUGUCCUCUUCAUUGCCCUAUUUAUAUAUAGGACAGUUACAGCCCCUGACAUGGCUUUUAAAACAAAGACACCUUUUUUAUCUACAACUCUGCAUAUAUUUUAUUUUAUUUUAUUGUAUUAUUUCUGUGACCAAAUCAGCAUAAGUGAUUUGAUACGUUUAAGUGGGGACGACGUAUAAUGUUGCAUUGAAUUUGCUUUCAUGGAAAAAGAAAUUCGAGACUGUUCUGUAUGUAGAAAAUAAUAUGAGAAUGAUUUAUAAUUGUAUUAAUUAUACUUAAGCCUAUUUUAAGCAGCGUUGUGCUUUUGCCUAGCAACAAGGGUAUUAUAACGAAGGAAAAAUAUUGUAAUUUUUGACAUUUUUAGAGAAUUCGAAAGUAGAUUGACAACUGACAUGCAAGAUUUUUCUAUCUGCUAUAAGAAAAACGGCCUUGGACGAUAAAAUUUGAGCUGUCAGUUAUAAGAUUGGAGACUCUGAGUUUUAUAGAAAGCCUGAUGUGAUAAAUACAGAUAUAAGUGCCAUUUUGUUAUGCUAGAGUAUGAAAUAAUUAAUAGUUGAGAUAAUGUACAAGUUGUGCUUUUUUUUUAAAGACAUUUUUAAGCAUACAGGGUACUGUUGGGAUAUAGAUAUAUGACAAGAGAUGAUAUAAAAUUUAAGAACUCAGUUAUAAAUUGUUAUAUGUAUCACUCGGUUAUAUAUAAGACUGCACUGUUGUGCUCCCAACCCGCAAAGUGAAUGAGGAUUUGGGUUUGCCUUUUCAUGACUCGGAAUUGUGCUUUAUAUACGUACUUUAAAAAUGACAGGCCUUGCACAUCUGCAUUGUUAAAAAGUGCUAUGUUUGUUUAUGAUUUCAACCCGUUUUAAUGUCAAUUUAGCUGUUGAUUUUUUUUUUUAAAAAUUAACGAGACAUUUUUUGGUCGAUUUUUCUAUAAGGGAGGUAAUUUGGGCUGGAUAAUAUUGUUUGUUUUUCCCCAGUGCUGCCCCUUGUUUCUAAUUUUGUUGAAAAUGUGCUGAAAACUAAAGUCAUUUCUGUUAAAAAAAUACUUUAUUUUUUUUACAGUAAAAUUGAUAGUGCUAAAUGUUCAAUAAAAAGUUGAAAAAUGGAAAGAAAUGGCCAGAAUUGAUACACCAAGUCAAUAGGAAGGGUUCUUCCAUAAAAUAAGUCAUUCUGAGAUCUUUUUUUAAACCAUUGAGUUUUUAUUUAUACUAAGUACUUGCCCAUUUUUGUACAGUUACGUUGUUCAUACAGUGGGCCCUCUCUAAUCGGGGCUUGUUGGGAGGUAAGAAAAAAGGUCUAAUUGACUGGGAUUUGCACGAGAAAGUCAGUUUUUAGGACCGACAACCAUAUUUGAUUAAGAAAGGUUUAGCAAUUACACGAGUAUUAAUAGGAAGCCCCACUGCAAUUUUGUUUUCGUGACCCUCUAGACAUGCACCGACUGUGGCCAUGACAGAUGUAUUCAGUUUUACUUGUCUUUUUAUACUGUUUACAAAAAAAAAACAACCUUAAAAGGUAGUGUCAUACAAUAUAGCGAGAUACCUUGCUGAGAAUUCAAAUGCUUACUGUAAUAUCAGAUUUUUUUGUGAGACCAAAAGUUUAAAAUUUGGUUUGGUUUGUUUAGGAAGAAAGUUUUAUGUUCUGUGACCAUCUAGUGAAACAUGUGUGUUUAUUUGUAACAAAAUAGGCACUUUUGUUAGUAUUUAUUUUCAUGAAAACGAACAAAUUUGCAAAAAUAGAGAGAAAAAAAUCCUCACAAAAACCUCUUAUUUUACAGUAUGGUACUUCAAGUUUAUGACUGUUUGUUAAAAGUUGUUUAGAUAUUGUGCCAGAAAAGAUCUUUUUUUUUUACUAUGAAAUAGUUACUGAUUUCCCGCUGAAAAUGGUGAAAUUGACAUGUUAUGUAAUAUAUAUAUUUUUUUGGUAAAUCAAGUGUGUAUUUUCCAGUUUAUAUUAAAAAAAUCUUGAUGUUUACCACUGUUUAACAGUGACUUUUUAUGUUAUCAAGACUAUUCUGUACAUAAAGUUUGUGUUGUUAUGAAAUGGUAAUUUAUUAUUAUAUAAAUAUAUAAAUUUGGUGUCAACAAAAAACUUUUAUGGUUAAAAAUUGUUUAAUUUUGUUGUGUUUUCUUUUUACAUGCCUUUUUUUUCAUCUGUUUGUGUGUACUUUACUUUUCAUUGCUGUUAAUUCACAAUUUUCAUUGCCAUUAAUUCACAGUGGCCAUUAAUUCACAAUGGAGUUCUUCAGUAAGUGAGUUAAUUUGAGUUGUUGUUUCUAGUGUGCAUUUAACCCAAAUCUGUUAGAUUUGUUUCCACGGCAACUGUAUUUUGCUAAAUGAAGUGUGUGCCAGCUAGAGUGCAAUAAUUUUUGUUGGGUAUAUAAUUAUUAGCCUACAGUUUUGGUUCAGUAGUAUUCUGCAAUGAAGUAUUUAUCAUAUUGUUGCAAAACUGUUGGAUCAUAAUAAAUUGAGACCCGGCUAAAAUUGUUUCACAGUGAACUGAUGUUUGGUUCGUGCAAAUUGACAAAUCAGGUUGUGUCUUCUAGGAAAGGUCAAUUAUAUCAGGGUACAAUUCUAGUAGUAUUUUGAAGGUAAAAAUGAAUAAAUACUAAACCCUAUUCUUGUUUUUUUUUUUUACAAAAAAUUUCUUUCAUUUCUUCCUUUUUUCUGACAUUUUUUUUUUUCAGAUGGUAGAAUAGUUUGUCCUUAAGAAUCUUAAUUACAUUUGAGGUGAUGCAAGAAUUAUGAAUUUGACAUUAGAAUGUAGACAUUUUAAGAAGUACAGACGUUUAAGAUGAAGACGUAUGGGUAAAAAUAGAUAGCUAUGGUCCCUUUAAUAGAUAAUGUAGAAUUUCUUGAGAAAUUAGUAUAUAUACUUUUUCCAUGUCAGCUUCUGCUAAGAAUUGAUUGGUCAUAAUCACUAGUAGAAUGUUUGGAAACAAUAGCUUUCUGCUAAAAUUUAGUUUAACCCUUGGCCUGCUGCAGGCGAAUUUAACAGCCUUUGCAAACAGCUUGGAACCAGAUCAGACGCCGAUUAAAUCGGCGUCUGAUCAGGUUCCAAGCUGUUUGCUACUCUGACAAUAUUUCUUCCAAUUUUUGAGCAAAUUGAAUGAACUUUACAAUUUUAGCAGACGACAUUUCCAGCAGACGACAAUUUAUCUAGCAUGCUAAUGGUUAAUAUGUGUAUUGAAAUAUUUAUAAUGUCUUCCAAAACAUCUGCAUAUUAUCUUUAUACACUUCCAAGUGAUUUAACACCUUCAUGUGUACUCAAAUGUGUACAUAUACAUUUUCUUGCACAUUAUGUUUUCCAUAUAAGUAAAUGUAUGAAAGGUUUAGAAAGUGGAUUUAAUGUGCCUUUGCCUGGCAGUUUAGUUGUAUCUAUGUAUUAUUCUGCUUUUGCAUACAUUAUUUUGAAUAAUGCAGGAAUGGGUUUGAAUUUAUUCUAUUGUUCAAGUCCUUUAAUUCUUUUAAUUUUAAAAUUUGAAGAGAUAAAAUUUCUAUGCAAAUGAAAACAGAACUUUGACCUUUGCCCUGUUAGAAAAGCAUUUCUGUAAUAAAUUUGGAAAAGUGAACAAAAUGAGUAAUGUUAAAGGGAGGUAAUUUAAACACCAAAUUCACUUAAUUUUCUUACUGGUAUGGUCAAAAUUAAAAUUUAUAUUAAAAUGUUUUGUAAAAUCUAUUUCAAAAAAUAAAUUACUGGCAAGUUAAUGCAACUAUUGUUUUUAUUCUAUGUUGCAUAACUAAUUAGUGCAGCAGUUUUUCUUCAAAGGCAUUGAUGGCCUUUAAUGAGGUAGGUCUCAAGCACCAAUAUUUUUGUCUCCAAUGUAUUUGAUAUUUGAUAUUUAAUCUGAAGUUGUCAAGUAUUUUUAUUUAUUAGAAUGUGCUGGGUACAUUUUGUUGAAGUGAUAAAGGAGUAAUGUAACAAACUGGUUAUUUAUUUGAAUUUAUUUAUUUUAUAUAUUUAUUUGCAAUUCAUUCAACGAUCCCUUAUUUUCUUCAAGUUAGUAUUUUGUCAGUAUCUUAGCAACAAAUUUACUGAUUAAAAACUAAAAAUGUGAUUCGAAAACUGAAUUUUUCUGUUUCUGUAAGUCCAGGAAGUGUAGUCAGUAUUUUUUCCUUGUCACUUGCCGAUGGCAGUCUUUAUUUCUCUCCACAAAUUGAUUAAUGUUUAGAAUUCAGUUGAUUUUGAAAGGAACAAAAUUAUACUUUAAUCAAGGAACCCUCAAGAAAUGCAAUUUAAAGCAGUUUUGCCUUAGUAUUUGUGGUUGCUAGUUUUUAGCAGGCUGUGCUUUGAAUAUGUCUUAAAUUAUGCUGUUCCAAGAAUAAUGUCUCUUUUAUGCUAAUUAUAUGUGAAAUUUAUGGCUUUGUGAAUACUAUUUAUUUGUGUACUGCAAUAUUUUCUGACGACUAUUGGUAUAUUUUGCUCAUAUUAAAUGUACAUUGACUGUGUUAGAUGCUCAUCAGUUGUUUAAAGGGUAAUCACAUGGCAAAUAUGACAUUCAUUUUACUUUCAAUUUCAAGGUAUGACAUUGUGUAUUUCGACAUUUAAGUACCUUAGUGUGACAUGUAUUGACUGUAUUUUGAAAUAACUGAAACAUUAAGAAUAAUGUACCAUGUUUUGUGAUUACUUGGUGUCAGUUGUGACAUUGACUAUAAUUGCUACUAAUGUUUUUGAAGAGUGACAUUCUCUUAGUGUAUAGUUGACUGUUGAGUGAAAAUACAUGUCUGCUUUUUACAAGUGUGACAUUAACAGACGUUAGUAAUGAUGUUUAGUACCAUAGACAUAUCCCCAAUAAACGUUUGAAAGUAACUUCAUUCUAUAAGUGACAUUUACGGUCUCUGUGUGCAGUUUGAUUCUAAGUGUGACAUGGACGUUUAUGAAAGAAUGCCAUUAAAUUCUUUUCACUCAGUGUUGUCAUUAGCUUGGAUAAAAUUGAAUUUCAGAACAAGGUGCUUUUUAAAUGCCAGUUAUAGUUUACAAAAUAUCCUCAAAUACAAAAUUGUCUAAAUGCCUUGGAGUCUGUGCAAAUGCAGCCUUAAGAAUGUUUUUUCUUUUAAUGUGAGAAUUUUUUUCCUGAUGCUCUUGAUACUGCAGGUAUCAUGUAUCCUCAACUCUGUGGGUUUAGUAUCCCACUUAACAUAUGAAGAAGCCAUCCAGCUGGUUUGUUGAAGGUUGUUGAUUCCACACAGGGACCUGCUAGUGACUGAAAUAAUAUCUACAGGGGAACCUGUAGUCUUCCUCUGCCCUUGAAAAGCUGGAAAGUCAAUAUUAUGUCCUGUACAUGUGUCAGUGUGAUGUUAAACCCUACUAAACUGAAUUGAUAUAGAAGGAUAGUACAUUUAUACUUUAGUAUGUAAGAAUUGUGAGGACAUUUAACAUAGUGAUUUUAUAAAAGUAAGAUGCUUAUUAAACUAAAUGGAUUUGUUACACUGGCAUUGACUCAAUGAACUGAACUCUACUGAAGCAUGUGAUUGUGAAAGUGAAAGGGCUAGCUGUGUUAAGGGCAGGACAAAGUGGUUCAAAAUAAUGGGUGUUUCUCAUAGGUUACUGUCAGUUUCCCCAAAAGCUUUUAUCAGAAAGAUAAUGUCUUCCUUUACCAGUCAAAACUGGUUCAUUCUUAAAUUAGUAGUACAAAAUGGUCUCGUCAGUUGUUGCAUAUAAGGAACAUGCUUCUCUCAAAUCCAAAUACCCAAGCAUCCUGGUUGUAAAUACAGUAAUGUAGAACUUAAUUCAAGUCUCGAGGUACUUAUGGUAGAAAGCCUUUGCCCAAAGCACAUUCUGUGCCAAGUUUUUGAUAAGUGACACAAGAGUUGGUUGCUAUUAUUUAUUUGGAAGAACAUUUUAUAUGUGAAAUAUUUAUUAUCGGUCUUCCAGUGUCUUGACACAAGGUUCACAAAGAAGGUUUCUGUCUGUAUGUUGGUUCUGUGAUAAUUUGAUUUGAGUAUUACUGUAUUAAAUACAACAUCAAGUCAUGUUUCAUAAGUAGUCAGCUAUCUUAUGCUGGUCAGUGAGGGAUGGCUCAAAAGAAGUUUUUAAAGCCAUACAAACUUUUGUACUAGUUAAAUCAAAAUUUGAUUCUAACUUCUUCCUUUCUCAUUAUUUAAAAAAAAACGCAUGAAUUUCUUGGUCUUGUUUGCAUAAUAUUUUCACAAGUAACUGUCUGCAGCAUGUUAUUCCAGUUAGUUUUCUUUGCAGUUUAUUCCAGACAACUACUGGCAGUCAUUUAAGCAUAAAUUUCUGGUUUAAGACAUAAUAAGAAAUAUGGUGUGUGUUUGAGCAUAAUGGGAAAGAGCCUUGUUGGCUCAAGUGGAAACCAGUCAGUUUAAUAUAAAUCAGAUCCUGUGCAGCUCACUGAAAUGGAAACCAGUCAGUUUAAUAUAAAUCUGAUCCUGUGCAGCUCACUGAAAUGGAAACCAGUCAGUUUAAGUAGAAACUUGUAUGUCUAACUGUUACUAAAACCAGUCUGUUUACUGUAAUGGAAACCAGUCUUGUUAACUGAGGUAACCAGUCACUUAAAUGCAGUCAAACUAUUUUUGAUGAAAAACCUAAUAGUAAUCAGCCUGUUAAAAUGAAAAUAGAAAGCUAUCUUCCUAGCUGAAAUUCAGACUAGAAUGGCUAUUUAGCAUUGAAAGCAAAUGAAAGUAAGUCAGUAUCGGUCAAAUUCUGACAAGUCGGGGGUUACGUGAGUAGAAAAUAAUCUGUUUGACAUAAAUGUAAAUCGGUCAUGUUUCUGAUAUGGUAGCCAUUGAUAGCACUGGAUGUUUUAAUUGAUCAAGAGGGUUUCUUUUAAUAUGUGAUCUGAAUGAUUUUUUCUAGGUUCUAAAUGUACAUCUUAAUUUGGGGUUUUAGUUAAAUGAUUACACAUAAAUUUAUUUUUUUCAGUCGAGUAUGGGUAUUUUUAUUUUCAUUUAAUUAUUUGAAAGUAAAACCUUGUGUGUGGGUAGAAAAGAGUAGUAUCAAAACCAUUAAAAAUAAAAUAUUAGCACAGUCAUGUACGCAAAAAUAUAUUUUUUUCUAGUUCAUUUUGCUUCUUGUUUUUGUUUUGUGAUAUUUUUAUCAUGCUUUUGUGUUUUCUUUGAUGAGUAUAUAAAAGUAGCAUUAGCUGUUAUAUAAUCAUGGCUUUAUAGCUUCAUUCAGCAUUUCAAAAUCAAAUAUUCAAAUGUGGAAUAAUUGUACAUCAUUAAAUUUUGUAAAGAAAUUGUGUUCAAAGUAUGAGAAAUUGUUAAAUGAAGAGAUGGAACUAUAUCAAGUUAUUGUUAAACUACUGUGUCUUACUUCUUAUUGUAGAUACGUAAGUUUUUCAAUUAAAUUGCAAGAUUCCGUUUUGUCUGUUUCUCUCCCCCCCCCCCCCCCCCAUCUCAAAUUUGUAAUAUAAAAUUAUGUUUUUUCUCUCAUUUAUAAAAUAUAUGUUCAGUUGUUAAAUGAUUCUCGCAAAGUUUUGUGUGUAUUUACAAUAUUAUAUAAUUUAUUUGUUCACACAAGUAGAUCUAUUGCUUUAUAUGUGAUUUUUGUCAUCAUGUAAUAUAUUGGGCCAUCCAGUACAUUGGUGUGUAAGUCAGUGUCGUUGCUAUGGCUACUGUUGUUAGGAGAUACAGUGGAAUUUUGGAGAUCUACACCUACUAUUGGGUUACUGUGUCUUGUAUAUAUUUCAGCCAAAAUUAUAUCGAAAAUUCAAAUAAAAUUUGACAAAAAAUAAAAAGUAGUCACAAAAAUGUG